UUUUCAAUAACACUAAAGCUGAAAACAACACUAUUUGCAGUUCAAGCAGUGCGAAUCUCAGACCAAACAGCAUGUAUUGGCAGAAAUCAACCUGAACAACUGGAAAAAGCCCACAGCGUGAUUCUGUGAUGGUCUCGGAUUCGAUUGGCUAGGUAAAGGGCAAUUGUCAAUGGAAGGAUCUAGCGGUCAACAUAAAGAAACAAUCUAUCGUACUACCAGUGAUACCGCCAAACAAAUAAGCAAUACUAUUUCAAUGCUGAAAGGACUCACAAGGGAAAAUAUGGAUGCAAGCUUUGAAACAUUGAAACAGGCUAAGACCAUUGAUGUGCAGGCUAUUGACAGGACGAUCGCCUUAACAGAAACAAGCUAAGACGAGGAGUCUUCCAAGUAUCUUUAUAAGGUGGUACGAACGGCGCGGAUUCCAAUAGAGUACGAAGAGCGGUAUAAUUGGCUACGUGUAUUUAAAUUAUUAGCGUACCUGCUAGUCGAAUUGAAAGAACAAGUUCAUAUACAUGAAACUCUUAACAAGGAACAAACCAGCAUUACUAUGUUCCAUCCCGAAGAAACUGUACGAAUCAAGCUGAGUACCGGUUUAGACAAC